GAGCCGCCGCCGCCAUGGAUGCUCCGCGCGGCGAGCGGGACCCGCCGGACGUGCGGCAGAACCGCAUCCACGCCGAGCGGGCCAAGAGGGAGCGCCGGUGGAGGCUGCUCUUCACCAAGUACACCGUGAACCCGUACUAUCCCAUUCACAUGAUUGCUAAGAAGCCAAUGGCUUGGCAUGAGAACAUACAAGAGCCAGUAGAUGAUGAAUUCCUGAAAUUUCUUCACCGUGCAGCAGAUAUACCAAGAAGGAAAUACCCAAUGCCACAAACUGAAAGCCAAGAAAUUGGCUGGCAUACAACACCUUUGGUUCCUUUUGACCACAGUGAUACCAGAUUCUACUUUCCACGCUCGACAACUGAGAUUACCAUCCAUGGCUACCCUGCACCACGGGGAGAGAAGUCUCAAGAAUAGUACAGGGGGAAAAGCACACAUAGAAUGUUAGUGACAUCUAAUGUGUUAGGCCCUGCUUGUUAUCUAGCAAGUCUGGCAGAUACCUAGUGAGAGACAAUAGAAAAAAGGAAACUUUAAUCUGUCCAGAUUUGCAAACUGACAACAGUAGCACAAACAAACCUAUCCGUAAGGCUCUGUAUUUGUCUCACUACUGUUUCUAUACCCAUCUACACAAACAGUCUAAAAAGACACUCUAACAUCUCAAAAAGCUUCAGACUUCUUAUUUUGACAUUGGCAACAUGACCCAGAACUCAACUUUGUCUUAACAGUAGUGGUGGAAAAAGCUGUCAGAAUGCAGGGAACAAAGGGCAGGCUCCAGCCACCAUUCAUUGAACAGCUCAACAUGAGUUACACACAGUUCUGUACAAACCAUUUAAUGCAUUCACACACCAAAGGUUUA